CCGUGACUCUGCUCAAAGAUGCCUUUCUGAUUCUGUUCUCCUACAUAUAUUUGAUUUCACUACGGAGUACAUUUCUUCCAACUCUUCUUCGACCUUUGAUGUAUACCUCACGGUACCACUCACUGGCGUUGUCUUUCCAAAGUAAGUGCGCGAGUCAUGUGUCUCCGAAGCUCCUGGUGGUCCAGAUUUGACGCCAUAUUUACGACACCCAUCUCGCUCGUCGACGGAGAUCAACGAACAACCAUGUUCCGAGGCUUAUACAAUGCGACUCGUAAUUGAAGCGGGACGAGCCUCGCAGAACAUGGUUGACACCUAGUUCCUGGAUCGAGACCCGUAGGCUUCGAGCAUGAUUGGAGCGGAGACCACCAUCUCCCCUGCAGACAACGGAGAUCAACGACCUCCACUAUCUGAAGUCUUGAUAUAAAGGUAGCAAACAGCUAACAAACAGUCCUCUCACCAUGGCGUCCCCUUACGCCCCCAACACGAAACACACCAUUCCCGCACGCUCAGGCGUCGCCGUUCCCGUGUCCAAAUCGCAAACCAUAACCGUGAUCAACACCCACGGCACUCAAGUCAUCGACUUCUGGGCCUUUACGCUGCCAACCUCCAGCUCCAGCUCCACCUUGCCAACAUGGACAAGCAUGUCGCACACCCGUCCCACAAUCACCCGUCUCUCCCCUCUGCCGGGCGACACACUUAUGUCCAACACGCGCCUGCCGAUUCUCAAAAUGACAAAGGACACCACACCGGGCGUUCACGACACGCUGAUGGCCGCCUGCGACAGGGAACGCUACCACCUCCUCGGCGUCCCGCGCGACCAAUACCACGAAAGUUGCACCGACAACUUGCACAACGCCAUUGCUAAGGACACCUCAUACAAACUGCCCGAGUACAUGACCGCACCGCAACCGCUCAACCUGUUCAUGAACAUCCCCGUCGUUCCGCUCAGUGAGAGCGAGGCCCGAGCCGCAGACAAUCGUACCGCGGGCGCGGAUUUGCAGUUUGCAAGGCCCGUCGGGCCAAAGGGCGGGAGUGUCACGUUUGAGGCCCUGGUCGACUGUGUGUGUGUGAUGAGCGCCUGUCCGCAGGAUAUCUUGAAGAUCAACGAUCAGAAUCCGACGGAAGCCCAUUUCAUCGUUGAGGGCUAAUUUGAUUGAAUUGCUCUUCAUCAAUACGGAAACAGACCGCAAAUCGCAUGCUCCUUGGGGGAGUCAGCAGGAACGAACGGCCACAGCACAGGGGAGGGGAACGCGAAGGCGAAGGAGAAGGCGAAGAAGUCCAUGUGUCGUCGCACUUCUGGCGGGGAAUCAAAUAUCUCUGUCUCCCGACACUCGCUGCACUUGCAGACACGUGGGCAGAAGGAGUCUGCGCAAUGCGAGUGAGCUUGAUAAGAUAGUGAGACGCGGUCUGUUCAGGAGAUGCGGCCAUCUACCUAGCUUGAGCAUAGUAUGUUCCAUUUUCAUUCCAAGUACGAAGUAAAUCUCGUACCUUGCGCGGCUUGGAACACUAAGACCAUUUCACACGACGGAGUAAUUAGAUAAAUAUUCGUAUGCUUCCCACAAG